CGUAAAGCGCGGAAGGUCGGGAGCGCGGGCUCCUUGCCCCUUGCCUCGACGUCUCCUCUUGAUCCUACCGCACUGCUCCCACCGCAGAAGCUCCGCCACUACCUCCGCCUGUUGCUCAGUCUGUGGCGGGGCCUUGAGAUUGAUUUUGUAUGGCCUGCUUCCACUUGAGUGAAUGAAGAUCAUAUUUCUAGAAAGUUAACAGACAGAAGCUAUGAUGUUUUUCCGGUUGCUAUCUGAUAUUCGAUGGCAGAGAGCCAGUCAGAAAUGGGGGAACAGGUCCCAGGCAAGGCGCAACACUUCUGCUGCUACAGAAUCUUCUGUCUCACUCCCCACCCAUGCCCAGGUAGUCAUCUGUGGUGGUGGAAUUAUGGGCACAUCUGUAGCCUAUCAUCUUUCCAAAUUGGGCUGGAAGGAUAUUCUCCUGUUGGAACAGGGCAGGUUGGCUGCUGGCUCCACCAGAUUUUGUGCUGGCAUUGUUAGCUCAGCUAGGCACCUGAGCCUAGAACAAAAGAUGGCUGAUUAUUCGAACAAACUCUAUCAACAGUUAGAACAAGAGACAGGGAUUCAGACAGGUUACAUAAGGACAGGCUCCAUCUUGCUGGCCCAAACUCAGGAUCGACUGAUCUCCUUGAAGCGUCUCAACUCAAGACUGAAUGUCUUGGGCAUCCCAUCUGAGAUCAUCUCCCUAAAGAGAGUAUCUGAGCUUUACCCACUAAUUAGCAUCCAUGAUCUGGUGGGGGCUAUGCAUGUUCCUGAGGAUGCAAUUGUGUCAUCGGCUGAUGUGACUCUUGCAUUGGCAAGUGCUGCCUCUCAAAAUGGUGUUCAGAUCCAUGACCGGACAAAUGUUAUGCAUGUGAUGGUCAAAAAGGGUCGUGUGACUGGAGUAGAAACGGAUAAAGGAUCAAUCGAAUGCCAAUAUUUUGUCAACUGUGCUGGUCAGUGGGCUUACGAGCUUGGUCUGUCCAACGAAGAGCCGGUUAAUAUCCCGUUACAUGCCUGUGAACACUUCUACCUUCUGACUCGUCCCCUGGAGAUCCCACUGCAGAGCAGCACACCAACUGUCAUGGAUGCAGAUGGAAGGAUCUACAUUCGGAACUGGCAAGGUGGUAUCCUCUCUGGGGGCUUUGAGAAGAAUCCUAAGCCCAUCUUUACUGAGGGCAAGAACCAGCUAGAAGUUCAGAAUCUACAUGAAGACUGGGAUCACUUUGAGCCUCUGCUGAGCUCCCUGCUGCGCAGGAUGCCAGCCUUGGAAGCUCUAGAGAUUCUGAAGUUGGUGAACUGCCCUGAGUCCUUUACGCCAGACAUGAGGUGCAUCAUGGGGGAGUCUCCGACUGUGCAGGGUUACUUUGUACUAGCUGGAAUGAACUCUGCUGGAGCUUCGUUUGCUGGAGGAGCAGGGAAAUACCUUGCUGAAUGGAUGGUUCAAGGCUAUCCUUCGGAAAACGUGUGGGAAUUGGACUUGAAGCGGUUUGGAGUUCUGCAGAGCAGCCGAACCUUCCUCCGCCACCGGGUCAUGGAAGUGAUGCCCCUGAUAGCUGAUAUUAAGGUUCCAAGAUGGGAUUUCCAGACUGGUCGACAGCUGCGCACAUCUCCCCUUUAUGAUCGCUUGGAUGCACAGGGAGCCAGAUGGAUGGAGAAACAUGGUUUUGAGAGACCCAAGUACUUUGUCCCACCUGAGAAAGAUUUACUGGCAUUGGAACAUAGCAAGACAUUCUAUAAGCCAGACUGGUUUGACAUUGUGGAGGCCGAAGUCAAAUGCUGUAAAGAGGCUGUAUGUGUCAUUGACAUGUCCUCUUUUGCCAAGUUUGAAAUAAGUUCUACUGGGAAUGAAGCCCUAGAAGUUCUGCAGUACCUCUUCUCCAAUGACCUGGACGUGCCUGUGGGCCACAUUGUGCAUACAGGCAUGCUCAAUGCGGACGGUGGCUAUGAAAACGACUGCAGCAUAGCUCGGCUUAGCAAACGCAGUUUCUUCAUGAUUUCUCCCAGUGACCAGCAGGUCCACUGCUGGUCCUGGCUCAAGAGACACAUGCCUGAGAAUGACGUCCUGUUUUUAGAGGAUGUGACCUGGAAAUACACUGCUCUCAAUCUGAUUGGUCCCCGUGCCAUGGCUGUUCUCUCUGAGUUAUCUUAUGCUCCUUUGACUCCAGACCAUUUUCCAAACCUCUUCUGCAAGGAGAUGAGUGUAGGCUAUGCAAAUGGAAUCAGAGUGAUGAGCAUGACUCACACGGGAGAGCCUGGAUUCAUGCUCUACAUUCCUAUAGAGUAUGCCCUGCAUGUGUACAAUGAGCUCAUGAGUGUUGGACAGAAAUAUGGAAUCCGAAAUGCUGGAUAUUAUGCUCUCCGAAGUCUCCGCAUUGAGAAUUUUUUUGCUUUUUGGGGUCAAGAUUUGAAUGCUUACACAACACCCAUGGAGUGUGGACGAGAGUUUCGAGUGAAAUUGGAUAAGGGGAUGGACUUCAUUGGUCAGGAUGCACUGUUAAAGCAAAAGCAGAAUGGAGUGUACAAACGUUUCACAAUGUUCAUCCUUGAAGACCACGACACAGACCUGGACCUCUGGCCCUGGUGGGGAGAGCCCAUUUAUCGGAAUGGGCAGUAUGUUGGUGUGACCACCAGCAGUGCCUACAGCUACACUCUGGAGCGCCACAUCUGCCUUGGCUUUGUACACAACUUUAAUGAGGAGACUGGAGAGCAGCUAGUGGUGACAACUGAUUUUAUUAACCGUGGAGAGUAUGAGAUCGACAUCGCAGGACACCGCUUCCAGGCCAAGGCUAAGCUUUACCCAUUCGUCUCCCUUUACGCUUACAAACGACGAAAGGAUGAGAUAGAAAUGAGUGACGUGCAUGGAAAGUAAUUUUGGGAGGGAACCCCGUCGCCUUCUUCCUCACACUAGGAUAUCCGACUAGGAUCAUCUCGCCAGCUGCUUCCUCCUUCCUAUAUCAUUUCCUAUUCUUUCUCCAUUUCUUAACUUUGAAGCUUAUUUUAAAAAUCUUGAGUUUGUUUGAAACUUCACCUACAGUAACCUUUUUUUGCUUAAAUUUUUUUUUACCUUACUCUAUCCAGUACAUUCUCCCUGUGUUUUGUUCCUUUCAGGUCUCCUUUCCUCCCAAUUCUGAUGUUGGCAGAUAGCCUGACAGGCUGAACAGAAGUGAAUAUCUGUUGAGCAGAAACAGUUUCACCAUUGUGGCUGCCCUGUGAAGGGUGGCAGUCUGAUUACAAGUACUUUGCUCUUCCGUGCCACCUACAACCCAGAAUAGCUGAUAUUUGCUGGCCUCUAGUUUAGAGUUAACUCUCCUUUUUUCACUUGGGCAUUCUGCAUACCAAUUUCAGUAGUGUGGCCAGAUAUCAUACUCAUUCAGGCUACAUCCAGACAGUGGCUUGAGGAGAUGCUCUUCUUAGGCAGUUCACUGGGGAUACUCCGAUUUACAUUUCCUCAUGUACAUUGUGCAGAGGGGUUUGGUGCAAUGACACCCUGAGCAAUAGAACGAUUAGCUACCUCAUUGGUGUGAGACUUGAUAAGGGUUUUUAUUGGAGUGAUGUCUCAGAAGAGCAGUCUCCAACUUGGUCUUUGUAUUCUCUCUUGAAGCAGUCAUUGAAGAGGUUUGAUUAUUGGAUCCUCCAGUGGGGAAAACCCUGCCGGUAACCAUCUGCUGCCUUGAUGGGCUCCUCUAGCUGCAUUAGGCUGAGGACAUUAAGUCUGGCAAAGCCAGGGAUGACAUCCCCAUCAGUGAUAAAAGUAAAUGAUGCUGUUGUUCUUGUUCCCUAGUCUAGUCCCCUCUUCUUGGUUUUCCUUUCUCCAGGAAUGAUGCACUUUCUUUUUGCCAGUUCAGCCUUACUUGGCCUAUCUGUCAUAGGCAUAUAAGCUUCUGAUCCUUUGAGGGAAGGUCAUCUAGAAUGAUCUCUGUAUGGGGAGUUCAGUAGUACACCUCACCAGCCAUGCUGAGUAAUAGCCAUACCAUUGAACCACUUGGCUCCAUUGAAGAGGGAAGCAUUCUCUCCAAGAGUUUGAUUCAUGUGGAUCCUGGCUUCCUGUCAUCUUCUCCCUCUUGGAAAUUAUCCUCUGUUACUCUUUGAGUUUUCUUCUUUCUGUUCAUCCUUAUUUAGUGAAAUGGAAAAUUAGUUUCAGUUUUUGGGUUUGCUUUGUUUUCUCAAGAGAAAAGGUUAAAAAAAUGUCUUUGAACCCUGUUUUGAGUAAAGUAUUUCUUUGACCUUGAAGUGAAGCCCCAGAUGCUACAAACUGCUAAUAAGAUCUAGCCUCUUGACAUUUUUUCCCCUAGUUAAAACUGCUAAAAUCAAAGAACAAAGAGCUAGUACAGAUGAUUCAUGAACUUGGCCUUCUCUGUACCCCCUCACUCACCAAAUCUUGGAAGCAAUAAAUCCAAGGUCUUCAGAACUUAGGAAUUGUGUUGGCUUACUUUUAGAAUCUCUCCCUUUCCUUCCUUUCCCUAACUUCUGAAUUGUAGCACAGUUAUUUGCCCACUAAUCUGUCUAGGUCAUUCUUUCUUUAGUAACAUACUUUUGGACUUAAGCUUGGCUUUUUUUUCUUGGACCCUUGCUCAUUUAUUAAAGAGAGAGACUGUGGCUAAUAUUAGACCUGAAGAUGAAACUAAUUUAUAGUUUAGAUAACUUGCUAGCAGCCUCCUGAAGAAGUUGGCUUUUCUUGUCAGCUUUGGUGAGUGGGGUCUGUGGUCUCCUUCACAGCUCAUUUAAUUAGACUCCCUUUACCUAUUGUGUCUUUUGAUUUGAGUCAAAACCUCGAGAUUUAUGCUACAUUUAGCAUUCCAUAUAAUUCUUUUGGCUGAGACAAAGCUGGGCAAAAGGAGGAGGGGAAGAGAACUGAUUCCCAAACAGAACAGAGCAAAGGAUAGAACUUUUAGGAAAGACUUUUGAGACCAGAAAUUUAGGAGUUGAGGAAGGUGGAGGAACAAAUAUAAGUGGAUGAAGUUUUCUAUAGCAACGUGCCAAAGGCCUGGAAGGGGGUGUUUGGUUUGGGUUGGAAGACGGUACCACUGACUGUGGGUAGGGUGCUUCCACUACUUGGAGAUUUGCACUAAUCCAGAUCCUUUAUUUGUAAAUAGAAAUGUGGACUUUCCAGUUGUAUGCACUGGAGUUGCUGUCCCCUAGAAGAGGCCCCUCCUCUCCAGGGAUAGAUAGAGCUUAGUGGUUGCAUUAUGAUACCAUAUCAUUGCUUAGAGAAAUAGAAAAAAGGCAGCUGUGUAGUCACCCCAAAAACAUUCAGCUAGAAACUUAUCUUGCAAAAAGGAUAGUUGGCUUUCUUGUUUUUCAGUUACUGUUCCUCAUCACAUCCCUGGGUGGAAAGGAAAAAUAUCUCCUCACUGAUGAGAAAACUCAAGGUGGGGAAAAACCAGUUUGAGCCAGCCAGAACCUCCCAGUCUCUGGUGUGUUUGUCUUUAAAAUCAAAUCACUUCUUUCAUUCAGAUGGGUGGAUCAGACCACAGUAUGUUGGCAUCUCAUCUAAAAAGAGACCUGGGGCUUCUGAAAGCCAAGCCAGGAUUGAUCUUCAAUACCUUGGGGCUUUUGCUCUGUCCAAGGAUAGAACAGACUUCUUUGAGAGUGAGAUCUGAAAUGUUUGUUCACUUACUUUGCUUUCAGGCUUCCCUGGGAGCAUGAUCAGGUGACUGACAGUGGUGCUCUGUGGCUAUAACAGUAGGCCCAGGACUAGGAGUAGCCAGUUUGAUCCACUUUAGAACAGGCCAGUGUCCUUUGGAGAAAAAAGUUCUUCUGUAAAGUAUCCUCUUAGUAAGAGCAGAGCUAGAUCCCACAGGCUUAAGAUGGACCAAACAGCUGACUGAAGCAAAGAGAAUUUUAUUGGGUUGGGUAUUGUUUUUCUUUUUCCGAAAUACAUGUUAUUCAUCCCAGCCAUCCAGUCAGAUUGUUGGGGUUUUAGGGCAUUUGAGAGAUGACUGUGCAGUUCUUGGAUUGACAGGCCAUUCUCCAACAACAAAUUCAGUCCUACAAACAUUUUCUGAGGUAGCCUUCAGUUUGGAUAGUCACAUUAUUCUUUAUCAUCUCCUUUCUUGCAAUUUCCACCUAAAUUUGUUCUCUCUCCUUUUAGCCUUAAGUCAGGAAACAUUUUGGACUGCAUACUCCUGAAUGCAAGUUUUCUUUGGGCUUCCCUAGAAAGUAGCUAAUGAGAACUUUCCUUCUAGUUGUGUCUGUGCAUUUGGACCUACUUUCUUCUUGUAGGGAAAAGUCAUUUGGCUUUGGGAAUUUGAACUUCAGCCAGAGACUAUUAGGUUUGCUUGGCAGAUUCUUCCUGGAGAGCAGAGACACUGAGGUCAAGAACAGCAUUACUUGCUAGUCCAAGAAGCUUUGGGAAAAUAAAGUACUUUGAUGUGAUUACAGAGUUUGGGGGAUUUUAAUGACUAAUCACAACCAUAGAAUUGAAUGUUGUUUGCUCAACUACAUCAGUCUCUUGAUGGAAUUUGGAAAGAGUUUAAGGAAAACAAGUUUCUUUGUCUUUUCUUUAUGGUUUAGCUGCUACCAGUACCCCAUACUGCCAACAACAAAUGCAAUAUAAUGACCAAAUUAAAUCCCUGCAAUAGAAAUGGUCUUCUUCCCAGGGUAGCUUAAUUCUUAGUCAUUCUCAGGAGAAAAAUCAACUCUUGCAUUAUUGCAGAGACUGGUGCAUCAUUUCUACAUUGACUGAUGUUUGUUUAGAGAAGUAUAGGGCAAUUUUUGCAAUAGAAAUGAGCACCUAGGGAAAAAAACCCCAGAAUUUGACAACAAAUAAUGUGUGUGACCCAUACUUGUGUUAUCCCUAAAGGACAAAUAUUGUAUUUGUCGAAGAGAGAAGUCAUUUCUCAGCUGUCCUUUUAAUCUGGGUAAAGUCUCUAGCCUUAUAGAAUUUCUACUACAGGAAUGACUUCCAUGAACUGCAGUGGGGGUAUAAAAAUCCAUUGGAAUCUGGAAGAAUAGGGUAGCUGUACCAUGUGGUCUCAAUUAAGUAUUUCUUAUUCUUCACAUAUUAUAAAAUCAACUUUCAAGAUUGAUUACUUGUGUAAUAUCCCAGCUUCCUAGUAUUUGAACGCUAUUAAGUCUUUUGUUAAAGAAAACAACGCCAUAAUCACUGGACCAAAUUGAACGAAAUUCUCACUUGUCAAGUCAUAAUCUUGUGUGUGCAUAUGUGUGCAUGCAGAAGGCAUUGGCCAAAUAUCUAACAAAAGACUAUAUUAUCUAAACAAAAAUGGGAUUGUAAUAAAAUCUUGUCUAUUUGUAGGCUUCUAGCACCUCACACCCCCUUUAUUUAAAAAAUAUUUUAUAAGCAAUCACAAUUCAGGGGAAAUGGUUUCCUUUUAUUUGUCAGUUCCUAACCCUCAGCCCCCCCCCUUUUUUUUUUAAUAACUCAAAGAUUCUGGGGACUUUUGUCCUUCCCCUGUUCCCAAUUUUGACUAAAUCUUCAUAAGAAGAAAUUUGGCUUGUCUGUUAUGGAGCAUUACUUUUAUUAGUUCUGAGUAGGAGACAGACGUUUUUUGUUUAUGCCUUGGCAUCAUGUUUUGGUCAAAUGUAAUUUCUCAGGUACAUUACUGAAAAACAAAAUUACUUGGAAACUAAAAGAGCUAGGUGUUGUUACUCUAGCCCCAGUGCUAGCUGGGCCCCUUGGAUUAGCAUAUGAACGUCUGUAUCUGAAUGGAAGGAACAGCACUGAUUUCACUCCAUAAUUCCCAAAUUGGCCCAACAGGUCUGUUUUUUGGGGAGAGUAGAGCCAAGCAGUUUAAGUUCUGUCCCCCCAGCAUUAUUUCUAAGGUAACUCUCAGGUGUUAUACCUAGAAGAUUCUGUUACUUUGCUUACUGUCACAUCUUGUUUGGCAAAUAUAACUGAAAGAAAGAAAUACCCUCGACCUUUUUGUUGUCACAUUAACCCCGGGUUUUUACAAUUUCAGAUUUUAUUAGCAGGGGAUAAACUGCAGCUUUCCGAACUCAUUACUUCCUUACACUAGACAGUUGGUUAUGAUAGAUGUGGGAGGCGGCUGUCAUCUUCUUUGAGUAUCACGCUGAAGGACUUUGGCAGUUCCCUCUCCAUGCCUUCCCCAGCACGCAGUACAGCUCUCGCUAAGUAGAACCAGACACAUUUUCUCAGUAGUGAGACACACUCUUGGUCUCUCUUGGGCUGCCUCUUUGCACACUGUCGUUCCCAAAGACAGUCCUAAGAGAGCUGAGGACAAAUUCUGUUGAUGUUGACUGCUCGAUGGUUCCUGGAAAGGGCUCUGUGGUUUUAACAGCUCCCUCGAUAUCCGUGUCGCGAUGUGGAAAGCGCCAUCUUGCAUGUGCUCUGUCAGAUGAUUUUGAAUAAACAGAGCUGCCCCCUCCCCCUCAUCUGAUUAGUUCUGAAAUCAGCUGUUGGGCCUGCUUUCAAACUCAGUAAAUGCCGAAUGUGCUCUGUGUCUGAGGUACCUCAGCCAUCGCCCCUUUGGGCCCCUGGUUUAAGGUGCUAAAUCCCUAGACUCUCCAUGAAUGCUCUUCUUCCUCAGUAGCUUUCCAGGAGGACUGAGCCUUGGGCCGGCCUUUUCUCCCUUGAGCGCCUGAGGACAGUCUGUUGGGUUGGGCAAAGCGAGACACCUUCUUAGACACCUUUGCUUUUCCUCUGUGAAUGGACUUGCAUUUUGUUCUUCAGCCUUCUGGCUCCUGAGGACAGGACUGGCCCUGUUACAAGAACCAGGCCAGUGUUUCUUCUGCAGAUGAGAAGAGAGCUCGGGAAGCUGGAGCUCUGCCGCCAUUUUCUAGUGCCUUACACACACACACACACACACACACAUGCACACAUGCACACAUGCACACGCGUGCGCACGCAUGCACACACACACACACACACACACCACACACACGGGAGCUGGCCAGCAUGGAGAGAAGCCCAUUUCAGUCCGCCCCUUCCUCCUCAUAGCCACACUUCUCUCUCUCAGAGCAGGAAGGAAAGGCUCGCCGCAGGUGUGUUUGAAUGAACAUUGUUCUAGGAGCACAAUUCAUGCUUUAACUAAACUCUCAGUCUAUGUGAAAAUGCCACUGUCCUUAUUGUGAGUCGUAACCCCCACGUUUAUGCAGAGCAGCAAAGCCCAGCGUUGUCCGUUGGAGCUUCGAGCGAGCGCGGGAUCCUGAAAACACGGCACUUUAGCGAAUUGGAAUCACUUUGUGGGGUGCUGACGGUGGGCUGCUGUUGGGCACACAGCAUGGGCCCCUGCCUCCCUGGCGGCCGACAUGGCCGAGCAUCGUGUAUUGUGUUUAUAUUGAGUUGUAGUUCAGCUAGAUCUUCUGGUCUGUAUACAUAUCAGUUUUUCUUUAUGAAUAAACAAGCAUUUAAUGACUCUA